AUGCCUUUAGACUCGAGUGAUCCCGAAGCCAAUAUAAGAGCGGAAGCUGAAGCACACGCUCGUUCGGUACAUGUCCUACCGUCAGGGGAGACUAAAACGCGCUCACUCAGGUGCAUCGGAUGGAGAAAUACUGGCGACUGCAAUCCCGACGGCCCACGAGAACCGCACAAAGAUCUGACGUGCUACGACUUCGUGCCCAACAACGCGUCAGGAUACUGCGAGGUGGAAGAUACCAAGUCUGGCGAACGCUUUCGUGUUAUGCGGCACUCAUGCAACGUCCUGCGUAAUCGCGUGCCAUUUCGCUGCAUCAAUGCCCCCGCCUUCGCUCGAUUCCGCGUCCAGGCACACCAAGCGCUACCAACUCCCGACUUCCGACUCCCCAACGUUGCUGUCUCUACGCAGCCUCCACGUGACGGAAUCGUUAUGGUGGUCUAUCCGAAGCUGGCCCCGAGUGCGUAUGCUACCAUUCGAGCGCUUCGUGACAUUCUACACUGCUCGCUUCCAAUCGAAAUCUGGCUUCGACCUGACGAGAUGGAGCUCGCUCCUGAAGCACUCGCCCCUCUUCAGCAUCUAGCACAGAACACGUCAGUCGGAGAUAUAUCCUUCCACCCGAUCACGGACCCUGAAGCCAAGCGCUUUGUGGCAAAAAUCUACGCCAUCUAUCACAGUUCCUUCGAUCGGGUGCUGUUUCUCGAUGCUGACAAUGUGCCGGUACGUGAUCCGAGGUUUCUGUUCGACUCGCGCGAAUUCGAGCGGACUGGUGCCGUCUUUUGGCCCGACUUCUGGCACCCGAGCUCCACCAUGUUCGGCCUCCACAACAAGUCCCUACUGUGGGAACUGCUGGACAUGCCCUUCGUCGACAUGUUCGAGCAAGAGAGCGGUCAAUUGGUGGUGGAUCGACGCAGGCAUGCGGCCCCACUCGAGCUCGUAAUGUUUUACGCCACGCACAACCCCAACUUUCUGGUUCACUACCGACUGGCGUGGGGGGACAAGGACUUGUUCCGGCUCGCGUGGCUCAAGCUGAAAGCCACAUUUCACAUGAUCAAGACGCCACCAGCGAUGGCGGGAGUGGUAACCAACACCUCAGCAUUCUGUGGCAUGACAAUGGUACAGCACGAUGCGAAUGGGGAAGUGCUGUUCCUGCAUCGCAACAAGCACAAGCUCACCGGGACCAACGACGCUACUAUCCCUGACGAGGAAGACUCGGAGACGGAACACGAAGUGGACUCGACUUCGGUUGCAUUUGACCGGAGCGUGCACGAUGUGGAAGUCGGCGGCUAUCCAGACCCGGCGAUUUGGAGGCACUUGAUGUCUUUCGACCGGAAUUCGAGCCGUGAUCAAUACGUCAUCGAGGCGUUUGCGACUCCGUUGGACUUCACUAUCAAGCAGAAAUGCUUCGGAAGGCGGUCGCUGUCGAAGAGCCUGCAGUUCCACGUUCAGGAGUUUGCAGAUUUUCCAUUUGAUGGUCUCGAGACCGACUUGAGGCAUUUUGCUAAGGAAGCAGCCGAAAAACUGCGAGGUCAGUCCUAA